AUGGCCAGCUUCCACGAUCUCCAGGGACAGUCCCUCACACCGAGUGCAUGGCGUGACAUCUGUACCGCGAUCAGUCGCCGUUUCCUCCGUGCUGUGCAUCAAUCGGUCCAAGCCCAGGAUAGUGGACAGGAUGAACCGGAUGAUCCAGACGACGAGAGCGGCAUGGGAUUGCCCGAGUGGCUGGCACACGCCUCCGACAUGCAGGCCGGACACUCGUCCAACGUGGCUGGCACGACCUACGGCCGCCUGAUCAACGAGCAGCCUGGCACGACGGCGUAUCGACGGCAGAUCUUCCGUGUUGUCAGCGAGGACCUCCACCGAUGGCUCCUCUUCCCAUCUGCCACGGCCCACCGAGACGAAAAGAGGCCACUCGGCCCACACUCGCCGUGGCAGGUGGAGGCGCAGCAGAAUCGGGAGUACUGGCAGCUCCAGUUCCGAGAGGCGUCGUUGGAAAACCAACUCCGUGAUAUGACCGGAGAUGAGCAGGCGCGGUUCCGUGGUAUGCAGGGUCCUGCUCUCGAGGCCAUCCAGGAGGGACGGAGUCCUGUGAUCGCCGUUAUGCCCACUGGUGGUGGCAAGAGCCUUCUCUUUAUGCUGCCGGCGUGGAUCUGCUCCCGUGGGACCACGGUGGUUGUGGUUCCCCUGCUGGCACUCCGAGGGGAUAUCCACCGUCGCUGUCAGGAACUCCAGCUGUCCAGUGUGGAGUGGGAGAGCCGGCGACCAGUCGACAGUGCGUCGAUUGUGCUGGUAACGCCGGAGUCAGCGCUGACGGAAGACUUUUUUGCAUUCCUUAACCGCACCAAGGCGCUCUACCGCCUCGACCGGAUCGUGAUUGACGAGUGCCAUGUCAUCCUGAACAAUCAGAAGCACUUUCGACCCGACCUGGCGCGACUGGGGCGUCUGACCAAGUUCCAGGUCCCGAUGGUGUACCUCACUGCGACGCUUCCCCCUGAAGUCGAAGACGAGCUGUUCAUGCGGAUUCGUACGCAGCGUAAAGACGUACAUCUUUUCCGCGACCGGACAUCGCGGCCGAACGUUGCGUAUCGUAUGUACCAGCCAGCGGUCGAGCGGCAGUAUCAGUACGGGAACCGCCCGGCACAGGCGCCCGAGGUGAUUGAUUUCAUCCAGCAAAAGGUCCGCGAUAGUCUGCCAGGUAAGGUGCUGGUGUAUGCAAACUCCGUAUCUGCCGUCAACGCACUUGCAGAAGUGCUCGAGUGUGAUGGAUACCACAGCUCCCAGAAUGCCAAGGCCGCUAUACUCGAACGGUUCCGUACUGGUGAGACCUCGGUGAUCACUGCCACCAGUGCACUUGGUAUGGGGGUUGACAUCCCCGAUAUCCGCUGCAUCAUCCACCUUGGCGCUCCCUACUCCCUCCUCGAGUACGCACAGGAGAGUGGCCGCGCCGGACGGGAUGGGUUACCCAGUGAGGCCAUCAUCAUCCAACCAGUUGGAGCCCCGCGUAUCCAGCAGGGGGGCAGCGUGGCCGAGUUCGAGCGGGUUGGGCGGUUUGUGGACUGUGCUGCUGGGGACUGUCGACGGUAUAUCCUGGACCAGUACCUCGACGGCUGUGUGGAUGGAUACUCCCGCCAGCGAUGUGGAGACGGAGCUGCUGGUCGUCUCGAGCGGCGGUGUGACCGAUGCGAGCCAGACCCAGAGGAUCCGGAUAACGUCGAUAAGAAGAGAACGGUUCGGGAUCUUCGUACCACCGCAUACAGUCCGUCCACCCAGUCCAUCGAUACGGACUUUUGGACGUCUGAACCCAGUGGGUUAUCUAGUGCGACCGAACGCAGUCCCUCCUACCACGGUUGUCGGUGGCUAGAGGACGAUCCAUUGGAUGACGAGGCGCCGGAUGAUAUCGACAUUGACUGCUACGUGGACCUCUUUGAAGACUUUCCCCCUGAUCCUGCCGUGGACGAUGACCAUGUGGCCCAGCUUGCACAGGAGCACGAAGAGGCCGAGCGGUUGCAGAUUGAAGCCGACAUUGCGGUUGGCGAACAGAUGCUGCUGGACGAGCGGUUCCGUGCUAAGGCGAUGAGUCCUCCUCGGAUAGCCAGUCUUGCCGCUGCACGUUCGCCCACCACUCCAGCGAUUCUACCGCCGCGGAACUCUCCCCGUGACGUGAGCCACCUCAGUCCCCACACACCAUCUGGGAAACGCGCUCGACCGAUCUCCCAUGACUUUACUGUCACAGAUCCCCCGGCCGUUUUCUGCACUGCUCGCGAUAUAUACAAGACAGGCCAGAGCUCGUCCAGUCUCCCGCCGGCAACCAAGCGACCGUAUGUCCCACGAACGCCCGUCCUCGCGCACCCUCCAGGGCAUUCCACGCCUCGGUCCACCCCACCGCGCAUCGAGCGUACCCCGUCCAAGGUCCGGUACACGGAUCACUCCGGAUCCCCUGCCAGCGAGACCCUGAUCGCGGAGGUCAUCCGGUGGGGUCAGCAGUGCUGGUUCUGUACGCAGGAUGGGAUGGAGCUAGAGCAGGUCUCCCACGAUCUCUGGCGGUGCCCUAACCCAGGGAACCAAGCGGCCAAGGAGUGGUGGACGUCCCGACGUGGUCAUGUCAAGCUCGUACCUGGCACAGCAUGUUUCAAGUGCUAUAUGCCACGACGGACGUGUGACCCUGGACACUUCCCUGGUACAAUCACGGAGUGUAAGUACCGAGGGAUGGUGUUCUCGAUGGUAGCGAUGAUGGCGCACCGGACCCAGCCGGCACGACUAACAGCUCGGACAGGCAGUCGUGUCGCCGCACGCAGUAUCCGAGAUCGAUGGCUUGAGGGGAUCGUGCAGCGGUUGACAGGCCAUUCGUAUGGCGAGACCAUUGAUCCCCACAACCGCGAUACGAUGUGUGAUUAUCUGGGGAUGGUAGACUAUACCACCGGCUUCAAUAUGCUGUGUAGGGAUUUUAUUUGGUUGCGAGUACAGUGGCAGAAGGCUGGGGAGAAGGAGGCACGGAUCUAA